AUGUAUAUGGAAGGAGAUUUCAAAUUGUCCUUAUCUCACGUCCCACAUACUACUAGUAAGACAGGGUUUGCCGGAUGUGCCAAGACUCCACCUUGUUGGCUUACCGCGUUGGUACAUCAUUAUGAGGGAGAUAAAAAACAUAUGCACGAAUUUUUUUUAUCUAAGCACUUUAUUGACGGGCCCGAAAUUGUUUUAAUAUGCAAGAAGUGUCACAAACGAUUUAUACUGACUACAAUAUUACAAACACCAACAGAAGAGACUAUUAAUCAAACGAAUGUUAAACGUGGCAUGUGUGCUGCUAAUCGAGAAAAUCAUCUACAUCAUCUUCAUACCAUAAUUUCAACAAAUACAAACAUAGCUUCUCAAUGUUGCUAUUGUAAUUUCAACGUAAAUGUUGUGAUUCAUGAACCUCACAUGGGUAUCCAAAUUUUUGAUGAAUUGCAAAAAACAAGGCAUUUUCACAAGUAUUCUAAUACUAAAAAGGAAACAAAUAGUGUCGAAAUUGGACCAUGCAUCAUUGAUACCCUCGAGCUUUUAUCAAAUAUAAUUAAUACAAUACUUGAUAGGCGACGGAGAUUGAAUUUAAAUUCUAAGCAAUUUAUUUCAAAGAUUGGUUAUGAUAGUGCGAGUAAAGCCUUUUUUGAUAAGCUUGAGUACAAGUUAGUAGAUGAUCACUAUCUUUUACCACCACCACUUACGGAAGAUUAUUUUAUCAAAGUAAAACACAUAACAGAAGAAAUAAAUAUGAGAAUAAUGGAGACAUUUGAGAAGGCUUCUGAGAGUUGUUACAAAUUAUAUAAACAUGAUAAACCUUAUGGAGUGUUGGAAGAUAUUCUUGGAACAAAAUAUCAAAGUACAAUCUAUUUGUCGUUUAAUCCUACAUGUGCAGCCUAUUCAUUGUCUGAUAAUUACACAACGUUAGGGUGUGUGUCAGACAUGGACGAUAAAAUUCUAGAAUGGGCUUAUAAAAAAGCCGUCGAAGAAUCACCAAAAGAAAUUCUAAAAUAUUUAUACACAAUACUUAAAUUAUCAAUAGAGAGAAAAAGUGAAUCCCUUCAAAACUUGAUUGCAGUGGAUGGUUAA